AUGUCUGAAUUAAAAUUUUGUACAAAGAUUUUAGAAUCAUGUAUCGAUAUAUUGGCAGAUAUUGAUGAGGUUGCGGAAAGCCUGACAAAUAAGAUUCAGAAAAAGAUCAAAACUGACUUUACCAAAUUAACAUCAACAGAAGAGUUUGAUAUUGUGAUUAAAAGAAUGAUAUCUAUUGAUCAAUAUGUUAAAUACAAGAAAUCUUUACAAUUAAAGUUUCAUUCUGUCCUCAUUGAUCGAAGUCUGAAGGUUCUAAGAGAUAAUGUUAAUAGUGCUGUAUAG